AUGAAUUCUUUACAUCAUAUUUCGUUAGAUGAUAUAAGAGCGGUCGUUGCAAUUGAUUUUGGUACGACUUACAGCGGCUUCGCUUACGCAAAUACGAUUUCUUCCAAAAAUAAGAAGUCUCCCGAAAUCGAAUUAAAUACGACAUGGCCUGGUAGUGAGGAAAUAAAAACAAAUACAGUAUUGUUAUAUGAUAAUGGUUGUAGGAAAGUAUUAAAAUGGGGUAAACCAGCAUUAACUUACGAGAAAAAAAAGAUCAAGAAUAGUAUCAAGGAAUUGGGUUCACCACUUCCAUCGCCACACCCGCACGUAGUUGAAAGAUUUAAAUUAUAUCUAGACGAUAAAAUUGGUACUAUUGAAAAACCAUUGUUACCGCCAAAUUUAAAUUACAAAAAAGCCAUUAUUGAUUAUUUAAGGAAGAUGAAAGAAAUCAUAGAAGAAACGCUCGAUAAACGUUGGCCGGAUCUAAAACUAACACAAGUAUUAUUCGUUUUAUGUGUUCCUGCAGAAUGGGGACCACACACUAAAGCAAUAAUGCGUGACUGCGCAUACAAGGCUGAAUUAUUAAACGAAUCUAUCGAAUCUCACCUGGAAUUUACGACAGAACCCGAAGCUGCGGCACUUCAUUGCUUGUCGAAUAUUCAGGAACAUGGAUUAACAGUGGGAGAUACAUUCCUUGUGGUUGAUUCCGGAGGUGGAACGGUGGAUCUCACAAUGAGAACGAUACAGAUGGGUAAUAAACUAAAAGAGGAAACAGAAAGAACCGGUGAUUUAUGCGGUGGCACGUUUGUCGACCAAGAAUUCAUAAACUUCAUUGGUCGCACAGUAGGGUUUAAUGCUUUACAAAAGUUCCGAACAUAUGCUUAUGGAGAGUUACAAAAACUUGUUCAUACCUUUUUUUGUAAGAAAAUAAAGCAUGAUUUCACCGGAGAUCCCGACAAAUUUGAAUUUAUUGAAUUGGACCUCGAAUAUGCAUGCCCAUCAUUGAUUAAAUAUAUCACUGGAGCCGAAAGAAUUAGCUUAGAAAAUAGUGAAUUGGGUGAAUGGGUUAUCAGAUUUGAUUUCGCGACUGUGAAGAAAAUGUUUGAUCCAGCGAUAGAAAAAAUUAUCAGGUUAAUUACUAAACAACUAGAACAAUUGUCAAAACUUCCUAUCAAACGCAAAUGUAAAGCUAUGUUCUUGGUAGGAGGAUUUAGUGAAUCAAAAUAUUUGAUAAAAAGAGUUAGAGAAAGAUUCCAAAGACGUGUGCCUUAUAUUGCAUCCCCUCGACAACCACAAGCAGCUAUUGUUAAAGGUGCAGUAGCGUACGGACUAAAUAUGGAUCUUGUUGAAAGUCGAGUCUUGAAAUGGACGUACGGAGUUCAGGGAACAAACGUUUCUGUUAAUCAGACAUUUUGUAAAGAAUAUAAACCAUUAAAUCCGAACCAGGCAAUGGCAGAAUUUAGAGUAUACAUUACAGCAGCAUAUCAACCUGAAUACAUUAAUAAUGUUGAAAUGCGAUUACUUGGUACCCUAAAAAUCUCAUUAUCCAAAAGGCCAACAUUAGGUCGAGAACGUCCUGUGGAAUUUGGAUUAACUUUUGGCAUGAUGGAAAUAAAAGCCACUGCCAGAAACAAGUUAACAAACGAAGAAUAUCCUACAACUUUUGAAUUGGAUAUUAGCAACUAA